GUCUCCUCCCCCCUCGCUGGAACGGAAGAAGAAAGGCUCGGAGGUCACAGCGGUAGUGUCUGCUAGUCUUCAUCAUGUUCGGUCAGACUGUCCGCCGGUUCGCCACGUCCGCUAUUCGCCGAUCCCACUAUGAGGAGGGUCCCGGCAAGAACCUGCCCUUUUCUGUGGAAAACAAAUGGAAGCUACUAGCUUUAAUGACUGUGUUCUUCGGCAGUGGGUUUACUGCCCCCUUCCUGAUCGUCAGACACCAGCUUCUGAAAAAGUAAACUGUCAGAAGAAAACAUAAGGUAUUUACCUAAUGUUCAGUGGACCGUCUUGACAAAAUUUCCUAGCCAUGAAUGGAUUGUAAAUAAAUAAGUACAUAUGAUAUUUGUCUCUGUUGAUAUGUUUCAACCAUCCUAUAUAAAUUAUAUGAUUC